AUGGAUCACACGCGAGAUCCAUGUCCGUGGGUGGCCCUAAAUGAUUUCGGAGGCGCAUUCUGUAUGGGGGCGAUCGGAGGCGCAGUGUGGCACGGUGUUAAAGGCUAUCGGAACAGUCCCUAUGGCGAACGAAGAAUAGGCGCACUCACGGCAAUCAAGGCUCGAGCACCGGUACUGGGAGGGAACUUUGGCGUCUGGGGCGGCUUGUUCUCUAGCUAUGACUGCGCCGUCAAGGCCGUUCGACGGAAAGAAGACCCGUGGAAUGCAAUCAUCGCUGGCUUUUUCACCGGCGGCUCGCUGGCGGUCCGUGGUGGACUCCGACAGAUGCGAAACGGCGCGAUCGGGUGCGCAAUCCUCAUCGCCGUCAUCGAGGGCGUCGGCAUCGGCUUCCAGCGAAUGAUGGCCGACAACACGAGGCUAGAACUCCCCCCUCCGCCUCCCGAG